AUGACAACGCCACCGUUAGCCACCGCGAUUCUUGUCCUCGGUCCACCGCUCGUCUUCAAAACCUACGAAACCGAAUUUUCAGAAAAAUUCAACUUCUUAAAACCAUGGAAAACCCCUCUUCCUCUCCACCAAUUCAUUGCCACGCAUUCAUGUAACGUGAGAGCCAUUUUCUGCUCGGCUGUUAGCCCGGUCACUGCCGAGAUCAUCCAAAGCCUGCCGGAGCUUCGGUUUGUGUUAGCUAGUUCCAUUGGUGUCAACCAUAUUGACCUCCGAGAAUGCAAACGCCGUGGAAUUGUGGUGGCCAAUGCCGGAUCGACGUUUUCGGAGGAUGUAGCGGAUAUGGCAGUCGGGUUGUUGAUUGAUGUUGUGAAGAGAAUUAGUGCUGGUAAUCGACUUGUUAAGGCUAGGGUUUGGCCCCGACAACGAGACUACCCUCUUACUUAUAAGUUAGGUGGCAAGCGAGUCGGUAUUGUUGGACUAGGAAACAUCGGGCUUCAUAUCGCGACGCGACUACGUGCCAUGGGUUGCAUCAUCUCGUACACAUCAAGAACCAUGAAACCACACGUGACAUUCCCUUUCUAUCCUACAAUUCAUCAACUAGUGGCCAACAGUGAUAUCUUGGUCAUUUCUUGCGCCUUAACGGAGCAAACACACCACAUGAUCGAUCGAGAAGUGAUGUUGGUUCUCGGAAAGGAAGGAGUUAUUGUAAAUAUCGCCCGAGGAGCAAUCAUCAAUGAGAAAGAACUAGUUGAAUGUUUGGUCAAAGGGGAGAUUGGUGGUGCUGGUUUGGAUGUUUUUGAAAACGAGCCCCACUUUCCCGAAGAGCUUUUCAAACUCGAUAACGUUGUAUUGACACCUCAUCAUGGUGCGGUGACCGAGGAGGCAUGUAGGAAUCUUUAUGAUCAUAUAUGUAAGAAUCUUGAUGCAUUCUUGUCAAACAAACCUUUAGGAGUGUUUGGUUCGCAGGAAUUCAAUGGAAUUUAA